CGAAUAGUGUAAAGUGUAGAUAGAACGAGAUGCCCGAUACAUUGUCGCUGGCGACUGGAGUCAGCUUGGGUCUGCUGGCAGGAAUCGUGUCUGGAGUUUGCUAUCUUUUUGCCAAUGGACUGGUAAAGAAAAAACCCAAUCACCGGAAGCAUAAGAGAUGCCUGCCCUCUGGAGACGAGGAAGUGUGUCGUAGCUGCGGGGGAGACCUCCGAGGGGGUUGCAUACCCUGCAUUUGCCAGCAUCACAGACCGGUGAAGUUCGAGUCGGGCGCGUGGUUUCUGCAGCAGGUCCAGCGGGCCCUCAGCCUCAUGCCGUGGUCCACCAGCAGCGAGAAAUUGGAGCAGAUUGACGAAGAAGAAUGCGAGGGUUGCGAGAGUCCUGGGCCAAGCAGGGCGAGUGGCGAGCUGCGGAAUGUCCGUGAGUUCCUCGAAACAUUGUCAGCUACGCUUGCCGGUGGACCCCUUGAAGGAACACCUGUGUCAUCGCUCUACAACCAUCCUGCUUAUCUCCCACCUCGACAUGCACCCAGAGCUUCAAGCGCCCAUCAAUCCAGCGGAGCGAGCGGGGCGCAUGCUCAACUAAAGCGGCUUGUGGCGAGAGUGGUAGAGGAGGCCGCAUCGCUGCCUGCGCUUGCAAGAUACGCGGCUGAGCCUACCACACCGAGUAUCGAGUCUUCAACUUAUGAGGAUUUGCUCGCAACUGCCAUAUUGAACAAGGUGAUCGAAAGAUACCAGACAGAAAAUGGCUCCGGAGGACGCAGCAGUGGUAUCCAUUCCGCCAGUGCCAGUCCCACGCCUUCGGAGCGGUCUUCGCCACGCUCCCUGAACUCAAGGCACCGGGAUAUUACACCUCCACUACAAGAAGAAGAUGAAGUGUCCGACUGGGAAGAAGGAGAAGCGACUGUCUCAGAUGAAGCUCUGGACUUGCCACGACGUGUACCCUUUCCAGAGUUUGGGGGCGACAUCGUACAUGCUUCGGAUAACGCCGAUCGCGAAUUCGACGAAGUAUCCUGCAGCGACAUCCAAGCAGUUGAUGGUACAUGGGAAGAAAACUGGCUUUUCCAGAAAAAGAAAAUAAAAAGCCUCCAAUCCGUUCCCGUACCUAUGCUCGUGCCAAACUCGAACACUGAAUACCGUGUGCUGAUUGGUGAUAGAGAUGCUGAUGACACCACAGAUCUUUCAGACAAUGCUAGUGAUGGGGAUGGAGAAGCUGAAUACAAAAGUGAUGUUAAGAGGGUUCUAGAUUCGAGACACGUAAUAGGAGGCAAGCCUAAAAUAGAAAAUCUGCUGGACUACGAACCUGAUAGUUUGACUAUCCUUCAAAAUGACAUUAAAAAAGAGGAAACAGUAGAAGCUGUCAACAAUGAAAUCGCUGAAAAGAUUGAAAAUAAUUUCGAUAGUCUGGAAAACGUAAAUGAGUCAGUGUUAGUCUUGGAUAUAGAGAGUGGUCCGUUGACGAAGGCUGAGUUCGCUUUAAAAGAAGAGAUACACAGGACGUUAUUUAAUGGUAACGUAGAAGAUAUUGUCCCUGAAAUUAAUGGCCAUUUGAAUGGGCAUGAUAAAGAUGAAGUGGAUAGCGUUCCAGUUAAUAAAGGGUCUAUAAGCACACUCAGCCGGCACGAACGCGAGGGAGAGUACGAAGAAGCAGUGACGGUGCCAGUGCAAAGAUACGCUGAUAGUUUAAGAAGAAAACACUUUGACGAUGAACCACAACAGAUACCUACUAGAGACACGGACAAAGAAGAGGAUCUGAUACCAGGUACAGUAGCUUACAGGGAACGUAAGAAAUGGGAAAACGCCGUUGAAAUGCCUAACAAUCCUUACUCUCCUGAAGCCAUACAGAGAAGGCUAACAGCAAAAAGUGCAUCAUCUCUUUUCGACAUGAUUACCACUAGCAAAGAUGUAGACGAUGACCUAAGCAUCAAAUCUGAGGAUAUACUGGAGAGGAGAGGUAAAAAAAACAAAAAUGAAGAAAAAACAGAAUGUGUUCCCUCAUUGACCAACAAUAUGGAUAGUGCAAAUAUGAAUGGAACUAGUAAAAGUCCUUCACCACGGAUUUUAAAAGACGUUUUGGCUGAUGAAGUACCACAGUACAAACGCUACGGCAGGGAUUAUUACAUAAGAGAAGCUAAAGCCUCGUCCGGGGGUCGUAAGAAGAGCAAUAGCGAGACGAGUUCCCUGUCCUCGAUGAACAAGUCGACCAGUUUAGACAAUUUUGAUACAGAGUACACUUCGCCUGUAAGUGCCAGCAGCUCAUUGAGUGACCUCGAGGCUUCCGCCCUUCAUCAAAACAUCGUUCGUGCUGUCCUCAGCCCGAGAAACGCAAGCCCCAACUUUGCAAUAAAUCCCAUAUUCGAAAACCCCGACAAACGAAACGAUAUAGCUGACGAAAAUCAUGCGACAGACGAAAACGUUAGUCGAAACAAAGCCAACGGAUUACUAAUAAAGCAAUUCAACACGAUUGCCUCAAAUCGGCAGUACACGAGUUUUCCAAACGAGACACACGAGUCAAUAACAACGCUGCCUAACAAUAAAACUGAGAUUUUAAUUGAAUACGACGAUAUCACCGAACAAACGCUAUUUGCUGCCAAACCUGCUUUUGUUGAUGAUGAUACAGACAAUAAAUUUGAGGAAAUAUUACAAACAGCGUACCACACGGAAACUUCAAUUAAAGAUGAACUUAAAUCGCCAACAAAUCUCAGCAUGGACACCUCUUACAUAAGUUCAAGCAGUAUGGAUGAUUCAAUUAAAAUAUACAAUGUGCCGUCUGGGGAGAUAGUGAAAAGCAAAACCGAUAAUAAAGAUAAGAUAUCAGUGAACUGUGAUGUAGUUGAUGGAAAUGAUAAUGAUUUGAUAGAUAAGAACAUCUUGGAAAAUAGAGUGAGCCCAAUCAGUACCGACAGCGUCGUGGACGAAUCACUAGUGAUAGUGGACAAUUUGGACAGUCUAAAAGAAGAAAAAGAUAAUCUGAGCGAAAUUGAAGACAUACUACCACAGCUGCCUAAAGUAAAGGAAUUAGCGAAAAAGUUUGUUAGCAUGGAGGACCUAAAUGAGCCAACAAUGUCACCCCAUCAAUACUGGAGACGGAAAAGCAAGGACACUUUAAACGAUACAAAGACAGAUUCCAAACUCUAUGCUCACAGUAUUACGGCUAGAAGUAUUUCGAAACAAUUUAGAGAAGAACUGAAGCUAUCCAUGGCCACUCCCCUAACCGUUCCUGGAGGUUCGAAAGAGAUACCUGAAGGUACUGAAGAGAUAACAAAAGAAUCUAGUCGCCCUGGUAGCCCUGUACCCGAACCUGGUACAAUCAAAAAUAGGCUAGCGUUCUUUGAGAGUUUGAAAUCAAAAUUUAACUCUAAAUAAUAAUUGUAUAUAGAUAGAUGUGUCGUCUGCUCCACUAAGCUGAGUAAGAGGUUUCUGUAUAUUAACAUCACCAUGUUACCUAAUAUAUCCAUUUUUUCUUCCUAGGCAGCGAGUCGAAUCGAGGUAAUGUGAAAUAUGAUAUCGAAAAAACUAUAUAAAUAACAUUGUACAGACUUUCAAAGAAUAACGGAUUACUGAUUUUCGUUGUAUUCUUUUGUGCAAGUUCGAAUAGUCCCUUUGUAGAAUACCCAAUGAAGAUUUUUUCUUCAGAAAUCUUUGAAAAUGACGAGUGUGCCAAUAAGAAAAUAUAGUGUAAUUUCCGGGUCCUAUCAGCCAUAAUUUACAGCAACAGAUGUCAUUAGCGACCGCGUAAAAUACUUCAUAAUAUUGUACGAUAAAUUCUACCGCGCCUGCGCCCCUGGCAAUCACAAAAAUAAUUAACUUUGUAUACAAAUAUUUUACACGGUCGCUAGCGACAACUGUUAGCGUAAACUUGCGAUAGGUACUCAAAGCUUCCUGCGAAGAAGAAAUGUAACAAAAUUUAAGUCUUUAUUCUCUGAUUAUUAUUUUCUGAUUAUUUUUUCACUAACGAUAAUGUCAGCAUGAUUUUCUGUUCAUUGCGUACUAACUUUGUAAUAUAAUCGUGCGGUAGUGGACUACAACUUGUUUAAAUUCAUGUAAACAAGUGAAGUAGUUGUAGGGUUCUUUCUUUGAUGUAGUGAUGUACUUGAGUAAUGGCCUAACCAGAAAAGUAAGGUAACUAAUCAACACCUAUUAAUUAAAUCCCAAUUCUGAAUAAUUUACAAUAGUAACUGAUUCACGUUAUACCUAAUUACAUAAUAAAGUUCUUCUAAUUACACAGGAUGUUAUUACCACACCGGAGUGAUUUUUUUUUAUUGACAUUAAAGUUUAUUUACAUGUAGAUGAUCAUAUUUUUUUAUGAUUUAUCAAAUGACGGGACGAACAAGUCGUGCGUCUGAUGGUAAGCAAUACCCAUAACAGUGGAGUGCCACUCAGAGCCUUAAAUCGCAAAUAUUAAAAAGGCAUUGCCAGUACACUCGUCAUCGUCAACUAAAAAUUAAUGAAGCGCUAUAGACAAAGUAAAGUUGACAAAUCCCAUGUACAUUUAGUUCACCAUCAUCCUUGCCCUUCAAAACGCAGUAAUGCUGACAUUACUGCUUGGGGGCAGUUUCACAAGAAGCUCUACUGCUACUAAAUACAUACUUAAAUGAGUGCCUUUCUUACUUUUCUGGUUACGUAUGAUUUAUAGAUAAAUAAGUAAAAUGACCGAAUACCAUAUUUAGUUUCAUAUAUACACAUUAUAUUAUGUAUUAUUAUUAUUCACAACUGUCGCUAUAGUAAAUUAUGUGCAUAGCAUGUAUACAUACGAAAUUGUAAAUAUAUAGUGCCAUUUAAAAAACCUUACAUGUAUUUCUUUAGCUAAUGCCAAAGUUGUAAAUAAAUUGGGUAAUCCCAUUAGUGGUUGUGUCCAUAAUAAUUUAGAUUUUUCUAGUAAUUUUGUUAGUCAUAUUAAUGACGAUUGGAUAGGCACAUUUCUGAAUCUACAACGAUAACAAAGGUUUAACUGUAAUGUUUUUUAAGAAAAAUGUACAUUUUCCACGUUUAAAACUCUGUUAUUAAUAUUUGUUUAAAGGUGGUAGUACUUUUAUACAUCGUUGGAAAUUGAUUAAGGUGUUCGUCGACCCUGUAGAUCUACAUACUAUUAAUUUACAAUGACAGUACUAGCGAUCGCACAAAAUACUUAAAUGUUGUAUGGCAAAUUGUACAGCGCCGCUAGCAGUCAAGAGAAGUAACAUUUUGUUUACAAAGUGACGCCGCCGUCUCUAGCAACAACUGUCACUGUAAACAGGGUUCAAAAUAAUGAGAUAUUUAUUUUCCUUGAUAAUUUAUCAUGAUAAUAAAAUUAUUUUAUGGAUAUCUGAUAAUUAUCCAUGCUGAUAUAUAGUUUGGGCUCUAAUUUUUGGCUAAAAUGACAAACAAUGAGAAAACUAAGUCAACACGAAACCACAUCUUUGGAAAAACGGUUUGGUUUGUGAUUUUUUUUUUAGAUUGACAAUUGACGGUUUGGGUAUGUCUAACACAUGCCACUAUAUUGCUAGCAAUAGCACUUUGUUCCAAUUAAUUUUAUAAAUAUCAAGAUAUAUUUAUCAAGAUAAUUAUCGCAUUAAUUAUCAUCAAUAAUUAUCACCAUUAUCAAUGGUCAUUUAGGGUACCUGGUGUACUUGUAUAUUAUAAAUAUAGAUACGUAAAUUUAGAAAUGUGCGUAAUACAAUCGAAACUAUUGUCGUAAGACGUGUAAUGGAGAAAUAACUUUUUUCAUCGGUGCAGGAAUUUAGUCAGGCUCCUGUAGAACUUAAUUUAUCUACUUAUAUUGAAAAUUAUGAAUAUCUAUUCCUUAAUGUUAGCACCCAGUCAAAAUAUCUAAAUACUAUGCCUCUAUAUAAUGAACCCAUAUCCAUUUACAAAUACAUUCUUUUCAAGGGAAUAUGUAUUAUGAAUAAAUAUUAAGUGAUAUGGUCAAAUUGACGAUUUAUAGCUUUCAGU